UUUGACAAUAAAUAAUUAGCUACAAAUCCAAUAUCCAAUAAUAUUGUUUUUUUUUUGAAAUGUUACAAAGUAAUGUUAGAAUUUUGAGAAAUGAAUAAUACACCUUCACAAAUGAAAAGAAACUGCAUUGUAUCUCCAAAAACACCGGGUGGUAUUAGUAAAUCAUUGCUGACUCCUUGUAGAAGAGUGGGUCUCUCUCGCAAUUGGAGGAAAGGAUCUGUUUCACCCUUCAUAUCGCCUUUAUCUGGUUCAAAUACCUGUACUAACACAGAAAAUGAAUUGAAGAAGAGAAAGAAAUGUGAUGAACCUGACAAAGACUCCAAUGACAAUGGAGAUACUCAUGUUGUAUGUGGUAACGAGACAUCAACACUACACUGCACUCCAUCAAGAACUCUCACAGCUCGGAAAAGAUCUAAGACAUUGGUUUUAAGUAACCAAGAUAAUGAGAAUGAAUUGAUUAGUGAAUCACAUCCAGAUAUAAAUAAGUCUACUUCUAAUUUUAAUACACCUGAUUAUAGCCAUUCUUUUGAACAGUUUUCGGAAGACAAUACAGAACAAUCUUCCAAUAAGGUAUCAAAAGUAUCAAAAUUAAAGCUGAAAACCAAGUCUGCUUCUAAAAGUAACACCUCAAGUAAAACUUUAGUUAGUGAGGAAUGUGCAAAUGACGAUUCAAAGACAGAACAAAACAGAAUUAGGUCAAACAAAGUAGAGGAUACAAGUUCUGAUAAUUUAAACAAAAUAAAUAAAUGUCCUAACAAUUUAACACGAGAAUGUAUGGUUGUAAUUCAGAAAAAUAUAUUAAAAAGUGAUUUGCCUUCCAAUAAUAUAAGCGAUAAACAUUCAUCACAGACUUCAUGUUGUUCUGAUGAUGAUGUUCCAUUAUCAAAUUUAAGUUCAAAGGAUAAUGAUUUGAAAGAUAAGUACGACUAUGUUGAAAACGAGAAGUUUGUCAAGAAAUUGGACAAGACUACAUCUGUUACCGACUUGAAAGUCAAAAGUAAAACUAAAGAAAAGACAGCCCAUAAAAAUCCUAAAGUUAUGCCGCGUAAACCAUCAUCCCAGAGCACCAGUACCGAUGAUGAUGAUGAUUUUAAAAUAGAUAAACGAACAAUAUUUAUUAAGAAAUCUUACAACAAAAUAUCAAAGCCCAUUAAAGCUAAAUCUACAGGCUCAAUAACACAAACAGAUAUUGAUGAUCUACAGGCAAGGAUUGAUAGGAAAAAGAAAAAAUUGCUGGCCAAAGCUAUGACAAGCGACACCGAGGAAUUGAGAAAUCUGAUUAAAAAGUGGCAAACGGGUUGCCAGAAUGCAUUAACUGAAUUAUUUGAACUGAUGAAGGCAAAAAUGCCAGAACGAUCUAUGGCAUAUUCAGAUAUACUGAAAAUGUUCAAAAUACCCUCCGAUUUAGUCGGUUAUGAUUCAGAAAACGACUGCUUUGUUACACCACAGGAUAAAAACAUAAUCCUGUCCGGUCUUAAUCUUAAUGAAAUUUGAGAACCCUAUUUUAAUAUAAUUUGUUAUUAAAGUCCUAAAUAUAUUUAAGGUAUUA